GGCGACUCUUCCCGCCCAAUAACAACCAUGGCAACGGGGCAGGAAUCAGUUUCCGCCCCUGCGAAACAACACCAACGAUCAACUCUUCCGCUCUAAAUCAACAAUGGCCGCCGGGCAAUACCCCAGCACAACUCUGUUCCGUUUGGAAACAUGCACACGCGUACGAUACCCCGUGGACGACUGCUUGCUGCAGUGUAUAUGCGAGAUGCACGGGUCACGCUAUGAAAGCGAGACCGAUCCUGCAUGGUUGACAUGCAUUAUAUAUGCAGUAAAGUAAAUUUGCCAAUAAUGUGUCGCUCUGCGCUGAGCGGGCGGAGGGGAGAGGCAGCACCAGCAGACACAGACACGCCCUUGACAUCAACCAUGGAAGGAGGAGCGAGCGGCAGCGCAGGAGCGGCGACGGCGGGUUUGUCCACCACGGUAGCGCCCGUUACCGCAGGGCAGGUAUUCUCCAGCCGCCAUGACGCGAAGGUCGCCGUAGCCGCUGAGCUUGCUGCCACCGGUCGUUCUAUGAAGAAUGGAAAGGGUGCCGGCAGUCGGCAAAUUCACCUGGUUUGCAAGACUUGUACAAGUUGGGUUGUUAAAGGCUGCCUACAGAAGGGGGGUGAUUUCAAAAUCACCAAGGUAGAGGGCUCGCAUGUCGACUGUGCUGGGGGUGGGCGGACGAGCUCCGCAGUGGUACAACCCCUGGUGGACCAGUUGGUUAGGGCCAACCCCAAGAUCGCCGGUCCCGCGAUCAAGAGGACCCUGAAGACCGUGGGGUUUACCGUCUCCGACCGGCAAUCACAACGCGCGAAGAAGCGCAUUGCGACCGCGUCUAAGGAGGAUGAAGCGGGUGCCAUUUCGCGUCUUCCAUCCCUUUUCGAAGGGAUCGAGCGCGAUUGUCCGGGUUCGGUCGCCACCGUCGAGGUGAGUCCCGACAACCGGUUCGUCAGGAGCUUCUUGAUGCUGGGUAAGGCCGCCUACGUCGCCGCGCACAGUAUGGUGGCCAUGGACGCUGGCCACCUCAAGGGUUCGUGGAAGGGAGUCAUGUACGUCCUCUGCAUGCAUGACAGCAACAACAAGAUCAUCCACGUCAGCACUGUACUCGCAGACAAGGAGAACGCGACGAACUACAAGUUCCUGCUCCAGCAGACCUGCCGGAACGAGCACAUGCAUCGACUUCUUUCGUCCGGCGAGGUGACGUUCUUCAUCGACGGCCACAAAGGAUCACCGGCGGCCCUCAGGGCGGUUCUACCGCAAGCGCCAUGGCGUGCGUGCGUGAGGCACCUCACCAACAAAAUCAUGAAAGCAAUGGGACACGCCUAUUCAGUGGCGGUUUACCGAGCGGCGGUGAUGCCUACCAAGGUCCUGUUUUAGGAGGCAAUUGAGCCAGUCAAGAAGGACUUCCCGGCCAACUACAACCUCCUCAUGAAAAACGACCUUGACAAAUGGACACACCAUGCUACCCCCAGCAACCUGGUCAACCUGAAGAUGUCCACCUCCAACUCUGCGGAGUCCACCAUUUCCGCGGUCGGCCACCAGAAACGGGAAAUGGACCCUUAUCAUUUCCACAUCGAGAUUGCGGAGAAAACUGCGGAGCAACUCGCAACGAAUGCCGAACUACUGAAAGACUGCCAUGCCAUCCUCGUUCCAUUCGCGGCCAAGUUCAUGGAGGACGAAAGGUUGCUCAGUCUUAACAAGCACGUCAAGAGCAUGGGCUUGGGCACCUACCUUGUUCAGGAGCACGGCAAGAGCCAGUACGGCANCGGGAUGAGGGAGGGUGACAAACCAAAGAACACAAAAAAUACGACGCUCGAGUACAAUUAAUUGACCGUUCUUUGACGACUCUUGGCCCAAUCCGCCUCUUGCCGAUGCCGUGACAGCAAUCGACAGGCUUGACUGCACGAGGGCGCCUAUUGAUAGCGGGUACACCCUGGCUUCCUACAGGGUGCUCCACACCCACCCCGACUAUCCCGUCGUACUUCCGAUCUGGUCAGAGCUUUCCAAGGGCGACCUCCUGCCCCCGCGGCAGGAAACCCGGCAAGCUGGUGCUCCGAAGAACCGUGGCCCCCGGCAGCGAUCCCGAUUCCCUGGUCGCAACGACAACUGCCAGCACGGACGCGGCAACGUAGCCCAAGACGGAGGUGAUCGUGGCGGCGGGCCUGCCGCCGGGGGAGGGGAUGGUCGUGGCGGGGGCGGCAACUCUCGGCCCGUCCCGGUACAUGGGAUGGGCAGUUUUCGCAGCCACGUGGGAGACCUCAACGUCGGAGGUUCCGCGGGCGAGCGACCUACCGGGAGGUUGUGGGGGGGGCUCGCGGUUCAGCGCUACGGCUCGCAAGACGCUUCCGGCAACGACCACGCAGCGGGGGCGGGGGCCGGGUCAUGCUCUAUGCUGAGUCAAUCCCAAGGCUCCAUCGACCUGUCGUAGCUCAAGUGGUUCGACUCGUAGCUCAAGUGGUUUGACUCGUCUUAGGGUUAGGUAACUUGGGCCUUUGAAUUUCUUCGUCGCACGUUGUCGGAGUCAAAUACGACGCUGUGGUCCGUGAAUGGCAGGGAGCAAGAGAUCGAAUGUGUGUGCAGAUUUGCGUAAAGCACCCGCGACGGCGGGGCGCGUGUUGUAGCACCUGAUUUCGCGUGCCAGUUUCCAUAUGCUAUGCACAACAGACAGAGAUGAACAGCGAAAUUCGACAACCACUCACGCACAUGACUUCGACUUGGCUUGAAAAAUGGGUAGAACCGUCGAGCCCCAAGAGGAAGCUGUUGUGAAGGACGGAUAUCGUCAGCCGUAUCGUCAGCCAUGCGCACGCAAGUACCUGCAAACUGCUUCUCACGAUAAUCGCGACGAAGAGCGUUUGCGGAAGUGGCCCUUCACCCCAACAGACAGAUUCGCAACCGAAUAACUAAUCCACACCGUGAACGCCCGUUACCCAAACGUGUUCUUGUCAACGGGGGAGAAGGGGACAGUGCGUCGUGUAGAAACACAGAACGCAAGUGUUGGACGCGCCCCCAGACAUAGUUGCCGGUCCACGUCUCCACCGAUUAGUGGUGAUGUACGCAGCGAAAAUAUAUUGGGCCAUAACCUUAACGUUUUGAACGCCAUGCGUUUACUGGGUUCUACUGCUGCACGAUGACAACACUACGUGCGAAGAGUCUACUACAGUACCACACCGCCACAGAAAGGUGUGUUUGGUGUUACCUCGGCAAGCAAACAUGCAUCUGCAGCAUUUAACUUUGUAUGUGUCGUUGUGCACAUUUUGGAUGGCUUUCGGUGCGUGCGUGCACACAGAAUGUUGCACCACCUUCUGGCCUCGUGUCGCAGCUUCUACAUGAUUCACUGGGGGGG